AUGAAGCGCCAGAACCUGCGGACGCUCUCGCUGAUCGCCUGCGUCUUCUCCUAUCUGCUGGUGGGCGCCACCGUCUUCGACGCCCUGGAGGCCGAGGCCGAGGUCCAGCAGAAGUGGCUCCUGGAGCAGAGGAGGAGCCAGCUGCGCAGCAAGUACGGCUUCUCGGCCCAGGACUUCCGCGAGCUCGAGCGCCUGGUCCUCCGCCGCCAGCCCCACCGAGCCGGCAGCCAGUGGCGCUUCGCCGGCGCCUUCUACUUCGCCAUCACCGUCAUCACCACCAUCGGUUAUGGGCACGCUGCUCCUGGAACUGAUGCUGGCAAAGUCUUCUGCAUGUUCUAUGCAAUCCUUGGCAUCCCCCUCACCCUGGUCAUGUUCCAGAGUCUUGGUGAGCGCAUGAACAUUUUAGUCCGGAUGCUUCUGAAGAAGAUAAAGAGGUGCCUGGGUAUGAGGCAGCCAGUGGUCUCUAUGAAAAACAUGGUUGUGGUUGGCUUCCUUUCCUGCAUGGGGACACUGUGCAUUGGGGCAGCUGCUUUCUCCUAUUUUGAAGGCUGGACUUUCUUCCACGCCUUCUAUUACUGCUUCAUCACGCUGACCACAAUUGGAUUUGGAGACUUUGUGGCCCUGCAGAAACAUGAAGCAUUGCAAAAGAAGCCCCCAUAUGUAGCUUUCAGUUUCAUGUACAUUCUAGUGGGCUUGACAGUGAUCGGGGCUUUCCUGAACUUGGUUGUUUUUAGGUUUUUGAUCAUGAACUCAGAAGAUGAGAGGCGAGAUGAAGAAGAGAGGGCAUCUUUGAGAAGAGCCAAGAACUACAUCAACCUUAAACCGAAGGAAGAGAUUGACAGGAGCAGGAAUGAGAUCCUGCUCCCCAUAGAAGGCAGGACCAGUCAAAUGAACCUCAUCCCACUGAUCCCAGAAGAUGCUGAGAGGCAGAGGGGCAGAUCUUUGAGCUCCACUACAAGAGUCCCUUCCUUAUGCACAUGUCUUUGUUACAGGCCACGGCUGAACAGGAGCCCGGAUCCUCCACACCCAGAGGCUUUCAACUGUCACACUAAUCUUGUUUAUUAUAAUUCAGUUUCUUACAAAAUCAUGGAGGUCUCCCUGGGUGGUAAGGACCACACUGGCUUGUCUUCCCCCAGGAGCACUCUGUCAUCCAAUAGUCCCAGCUGUCGAGAAUGCUCCCGACUCCGAAGGAAGUCUAUCUGAAAUGUGCAUGCUCUCUUUGGACUUCUUUUCUUUCUUUUUUUACUGUGAACUGUGUUAUACUACUGGAUUUGUCUUUUGAUGAUAAAUUAU